UCAAGCGGCAACUUUGCUUUCAGCCAGCAAUGCACACACAACCCCGGUGGUGAUCCCAGUCCUUACUCAUACCUCUAUCGUUCCCUGAGUAGACCCCUGGAUCAGCGAGGACCCAGCAGGCGGAACGUUGUUGCUCAAUACACCGGAAAAGCCAGACCUCAACAUGCCUCGGUCAUUCCUUGUCAAGAAAUAUUUCUCUAACAAGAAGCCAUGCUACAGGGAAAGCCAACUGGAGAGCCAAAAAGCUUUGGUUCCAGAAAGCUUUCCCCGGGCUGAACUUCCAAUGCAGAUCAACAGCUCGGCCCUGACCUGCUACCCCACCAGCCCAUUCUUCAGCAGCGCUGAAGCCCUUCCUGUACCGCUGUCCCCGAUCACCCCCGUGUCCCUGUCCCCCUCACCACUGCACCCUCUGGACCUCAGCAGCUCUCCCUCUAGCAGCAGCAGCGAGGAAGAGGAUGACGGCGGACGUACCUCUGAUCCCCCCAGCCCGGAUAUUAUCCAGCACCUCUACCACUGCAUGCACUGCAGUAACAGCUACACCAGCCUCUCUGCACUAUCCCACCAUCAGAUGGCCCAGCACCCACACUCCCUCUGUGCUCCUGUACAGCAGACACCAUCCCUCCCGGGUGAUGUCUCUACACGCCCGGCCUUCCACUGCAAACACUGCCCAAAGGAGUACACCAGCCUGGGAGCGCUUAAGAUGCACAUUCGCUCACACACUCUGCCAUGUGUUUGUCCCACCUGUGGCAAAGCCUUCUCCCGACCAUGGCUGCUCAGAGGACACAUUCGCACACACACAGGUGAGCGCCCCUUCGCAUGCCAACACUGCAACCGAGCCUUUGCUGAUCGUUCCAACCUGCGUGCCCACCUGCAGACCCACUCUGAAGUGAAGAAGUACCAGUGCAGGUCCUGCUCAAGAACAUUCAGCCGAAUGUCCCUGUUGCACAAACACAGCGCGUCAGGAUGCUGCCCUGCCUCUUAGACUCACAUUCCUUGAACUGUCACUGUGUGCCAGAUGAGUCACACCCAAAGGGACACUGGAUGGGACAGAAAAAGCUGGAGUACUGUUGCUUUUACCCAAAGACUUCUUAAGUGCCUUAACAUUUUCAAGACUGUAUUUUUUCUGAGGUUAUAUUGGUAUCAGCAGAAAAUUUUUUUCUGCCACAUCCUGUUAAGUGUGUGUUAAUGUGUGUGUGAAUUGAGGGCAGCUGGACAUGCAGUUAAUUCCCAGGAAACUCCAUCGGUGCCGGCCGGUCCGGGACUCUGGCCAUGAUGCAGCUGCUUGUGUGUGUGUAUGUCAUUCCUCGCCAUAUUAUACAUACAUGGCAUGUGUGAGUGUAUGAGCAAGUGUGCGUGUGUUGGGCCAGCUGUCUGUGUAUGGUGUGUUGUGGAGGCAGGGUGCUGAGUGACGUGUUAGCUGUGACCUCGGCGACAGGUGACCCUCCUCAUGUCACACUCAUUGUGUGUUAUUUGACAUGAAAGAACCACUUAAACUUGACCAAAAACACAACUCGCCUUUAAAUGUUAAUCUUGGAUGAAAAACCUAAUGAUUUAAGACCUGUUUUUUUUUUGGGAAAGGUUUUUAUGACCAUUUUUGAUGAACAUGCAUUUCAAACUGAUAAUACUGUGCCUUUUUCUGCCAUGUUUAAAUAAAAGCCUUGUUUUUUAAAAAGAAAAA